UACCGGCAGAGCAGGAGGCUGCAGUGGGAAUGUCAGUCUGCAGUCCAGGGAUCUGUUUCUGCAGUAGAGGAAUUUUGCUCAGGGGAGCAGAACACUUACUGUCAUUGUGUGGACACAGAUGGUAGCCUCAUUUUCUAGGAUAACCCAGCACCCCAUUGAAGAGCAGGCACCUGCAUGAGGACAGGCAGACAUGCUGUGUUUUGGAUGGGGAAGACAUGACACCAGGAUCUGCUGCAUGAUCCAGGUCAGUAUUUGCAUCCAGUGCUGAACUCUGUCCCACGUGUGAUCUCUGUGACUGAUUAGUCUCUGGAAGCAAUGCAGUGCAGUUAUUAUCAGCAACCAGACAUGUGGAGAUAUUUCUUCAUCCUGCUGCUCCAUCCCCUGCUGUGUGUAGGAGAAAACAAUGACCUACCAAUUGAAGUUCAGGGAUUAUAUACACCAUCAGGUUCUGAUUCACCAUCCCUCUCACUUUCGGAUAAGAUAUCUUCUGAGAACUUUGGUGACCUUGGGCAAGGACGUUUCUACACUAGAACUGUUCCAGAAACAAAACCAUCCCACUCAAAGAAAAUCAAGUUUAACGCCACCGUGCGUAACAUUGUGCUCUCUGAACAUAAGGAUGUAAAAUUCAAUUGUUCCAUUGUGGUUCCUAACGUGGACAAUGGAGACCAGAUAACAUGGUGGAAGGAUGGGGAAUUAUUGCCCUCCUUAGAGCGCAUUUCUGUACAGUCAUUCGAAAUUCCAAUUGGUGAGGUCACCUCUAUGUCAUCUUCUUGCAGCAUUGCAGGUGUGCAACGGGCUGACAAUGGAACAUACCACUGCAAAUUGCAAAUUGAGGAUGAAGAAAUAGUUUCAGACCCCAUCUACAUUCAAGUAGAAGGUUUGCCACAUUUUAUUCGCCAACCGCAGAGUAUAAAUGUCUCUAAAAACACUCCAUUCAAUUUCACUUGUGAAGCUGUGGGCCCCCCCGAACCUGUGGAGAUCUUUUGGUUUAGAAAUAGCAGGAGGGUGAAUACAAUUCCUGAGGUGUCACCUGCUGUUCUCACUAUACUAGGCCUAAAUGAACCUGCAGUAUUCAGCUGUGAAGCACACAACACAAAAGGCCUGACUACAUCUAAUGACGUAAAAAUCAAUAUUAAAGAUCUACCUGCUCCACCUGAGAAAGUAAUCGUAUUAAACAAAACCGAAAUGGGGAUCCUGUUAUCCUGGGUCCCUGGAUUUGAUUCCUAUUCUCCUGUGAGCAAUUGUAGUAUACAGGUUGAAGAGACCACAUCAUUGUACAGAAACCUUUCUAUGUUCUUCCCUACCCUCGUACCUCCUCACUCGUAUAACAUCAGUGGUUUGAAGGCCUUCACCCAAUACAACAUUAGUGUCUCCUGCAGAAAUGAGGUGGGCUGGUCUUCUCCAAGCUCAUGGGUAUUGGCCAAUACAACUGAAGGAGCUCCGUCUGAUGCUCCUGGGAAUAUCUCCCUUGUGAUAAAUGGCUCACUUAUAGAAGUAGCUUGGAUCCAACCACUUAACAGUGAUAGGAAUGGACCCCUUCAGGGCUUCAAAAUAAAGCAUGCAUGGAAGGCUUUUGGAACUCCAGUGAAAGAAUAUUACAAUGUUUCCAACUCUUCAAUGACUUUUAUUCCGAUCAUGGUUACUAAUGCCUCCUGCAUUGUGUCUGUGGCUGCCUAUACUAAGGGAGGAGUUGGUCCAUACAGUCAAGCUGUGCAAAUUGUAAUCCCUGGAGAUGGUUCAACAUCAGCACCGUCUUCUACAGCAGCACCAGGUUAUGGCAAUCCUUACCUGAUCCUUUUUGGAUUUAUAUGCUGUGUAAUUAUAUUGCUACUGAUCAUUUAUGGUUUGGUGAUGUUUGUCAGAAGGAAAAAGGAAACCGAAUUUGGGCACGCGUUCGUCAGUACGGAUGAUUCAGACAUUGUUGUCAAUUACAAAGCUAAAAAAUCCUACAACAGGAAAGCUAUUGAAGUGACAUUGAGUACUUUAGGGAUUAACCAGGACCUGCAAGAAAAACUGGAAGAUGUAAUGAUUGAAAGAAGCUUUUUACGCCUGGGAAAGGUGCUGGGAGAAGGUGAAUUUGGGUCAGUGAUGGAAGGAGAGCUCACGUACCUUAAUGAAACAACUCAAAAAGUAGCUGUGAAAACUAUGAAGUUGGACAACUUUUCCCACCGGGAAAUUGAGGAAUUCCUAAGUGAAGCUGCUUGUAUGAAGGACUUUGAUCACCCAAAUGUGAUUAACCUUUUAGGUGUUUGCUUAGAAGUUGGUCCCAGGAGAAUACCAAAACCAAUGGUGAUUUUACCGUUUAUGAAGUAUGGAGACCUGCAUAGCUUUCUGCUGUCCUCCAGAAUUGGCUCCGGACCUCAGCACGUCGCAUUGCAGAAUCUUUUGAAGUUCAUGAUUGAUAUUGCUACAGGAAUGGAAUAUCUUAGCAGCCGAAAUUUCCUUCACCGGGAUUUAGCUGCUCGCAAUUGCAUGCUGAGAGAUGACAUGACUGUCUGUGUAGCUGAUUUUGGACUGUCUAAGAAAAUCUACAGUGGGGACUACUAUCGCCAAGGCCGUAUUGCUAAGAUGCCUGUGAAAUGGAUUGCCGUGGAAAGCCUUGCUGAUCGCAUCUAUACAAUUAAAAGUGAUGUGUGGGCGUUUGGUGUUACAAUGUGGGAAAUUGCAACCAGAGGCAUGAAUCCAUACCCUGGUGUUCAGAACCAUGAAAUAUACGACUACUUACUACUGGGCCACAGACUAAAGCAGCCACCGGACUGUUUGGAUGAACUGUUUGAACUGAUGUACCUUUGCUGGAGAGCAGAUCCAGUUGACCGUCCUACUUUCACAGUACUUAAGCAUCAACUGGAGUUAAUCCUCAAGGGUUUGCCACCAAUUAUGGACAAGAAUGAUGUUAUUUAUAUGAACACCAGCCUGCCAGAAGACAGUGCAUAUGAGACACAGGACCCAGAGUUAAGUGACAUGGAUUUACACCUGGAUCCUAGCUACGUAUUGCCAAUUUGUAACUCAAAGACUGAUACCACAACUGUCACUGUGGAAGUCCACGAACCUAAACUGGUUGAGGAAAGAUAUAUUGUUGAAGGGUUUUCCGAUGAACAAGAUGUGGCUGUAGAACAAACUAGUACUCCGUUGUUGCUUGACAUUAAUGCACGUAGCAGGGCACCAUGGUGCGACAGCAGCAUGCAUUCAGCUCACAAUGCAUUGACAGAUGGGCUUCUCUUUGCGGACGACCCUGCAGACGAUAUAGAAAUUGUGCUAUAGAACAUUAAACACUCUCAUUGCCCUGACUGUGCCAGUAACAGUAUUAUGGUUUGGCAAGAUAUAUUUUACUAGUUUUGUGGAAAACAUUUGUCAUUAAACCAACAAGCAGUAUUAUGUAUAUAGCAAUAUAGAUGAACAUUGUAUAUAAAUAGAUCAAUAUCUAGAUUUUUAUUUAGGCAGUGACAAUUAGAAAGGCCCAUGUAAAUGGGAAAAACGAAAUCUGAAUUGUUUAUUUGCGCCGACUGAUUAAUUUGUACUGCAGUACAAGACUUCUUUUGGAUUGUGCCUUACGUGAAAAAAAGACAUAUAGUGCUUUGAUCAAGGGCAUUCUACACUGAUGCAAACACUCUAUCUACACUGAAGAAUUUACUACCUCUCCUGGAUGCUUUAUCAAUCACUGUCAUUGGCUAGAUUUCAUUUCUCCUGCCCCUACAUUUAGAGCCGAUGACUGGGAUAUGCCAUGUGUCCUGAUGGCUCGGUAGAAGAACAAACCACUUUGAUUUUGUCUCUACAGAUGCACCAGUACUGAUAUUAUACUUUCUUUUGAGAACUUUAUUUUUUAUUUUAUUUUUUGCAGAACAAGAAAUUUAUUGAAAUGGUCAGUAAAUGUUGAGGACUAAGCAUUAACACAGAAAUAUAUAUGUAUUUUUUUCUUAUGAAAUUAAUGUAUGUUACCAAUGCCAAUCGUGAUUAUUUUAUUUCUUUUUAUGUGUACUAAAAAUGUGCUCUCGGUUACUGUUACCACUGGGUAAGACAUUUGUUAUUGGUGCCGGAAAGAUCAAUUUUCAUAUUUUGAGUGAAAGAUAUUAAUAUCAAUGGAUUGCCAAUUUUAAGUCAAAAAAAUUAAA